GAAAAAUGCUUCAAGAACAUGUUAAAAACUCCAAAUUCCUCUGAGUGGAUCUUUGAUCUCAACAACCUUCAGCCUCUUAUCUGUAAGGUUCUACUAACUAGUACUACAGUGAAAUACUUCUACUAUUUCCAUGGCAUCCCCACAAUCACACAAAAACCGUGAGAUGUCUCCUGAUCAAAUGAAGUGUUCCAAAAAGAAAACCCUGCUCUUCCAUUCGACAGUUUGGCCUUACAUCUGAGCGAGAAUCCUCCACAAAACCAGACACAAGUCCUGGUUCUGCUGUUUUCCUGCUUCAUCACAUCGUACGACGUUCAGGUGCAGGCGGGUGGCCUCAGCUGUCAGGACUGAGUGCUCUCAGCUGUGAAGCUGCUGCUGCUGCUUUGUCUUAACUCUGGAGCUGAAAGGUCCAGAUCGGCUUUAAAAGUUGAAGCGUCAUGGACGAGUCGGCUCUAGAGAGGUACUUUGAUGAGUCCAUCAUACAUGACUCCAACUUUGUGUUGGAGGAGGAGCUUGAGCUCCAAGGGCCCCGGCGGGUCCUCUCCUCCACCCCCUCUGCACAGCGCCCCUCCCAGCUGGCGCCAAAGUCCAGAGCAACCGGAAGAUCGGGCGACGACUUGGACCUCAGCUUCCUGCCGGAUGAGCUCGGCGGUCAGAAUGGGCCUGGGUUUAGCAGCACAGGUGUGCUCACCUGCUCUCAGGCUGUUCCUCCAGAGACGAAGGUCCCCAACGACGGAGCAGCAGGUGGGGGCUCUGAUCCUGUGGAGGAGCGGCCUGAAGCUCCAGAGCUUUCUCAGGACAGUGGCGUCUCUCUGGACUGCAGCGCUCUGGCGUCCGCCGCAGCCAGGCCGUUGCAGCGCACCCCUGCGGCAGAGCUCAGCACGGCGGCCUCGCCCUUCUGCGUGAUGACCCCCAUGACCCCUAUGACCCCCAUGACGCCGGUCACUGAGGGAUCAGGAAUUGUCCCCCAGCUGCAGAACAUCGUUUCCACGGUGACCCUGGGAUGUCCUCUGGAUCUGAAGUUUAUCGCCCGCCAGGCCAGAAACGCAGAGUACAACCCGAAGCGCUUCGCGGCGGUCAUCAUGAGAAUCCGUGAGCCCAGGACCACGGCGCUCAUCUUCAGCUCAGGGAAGAUGGUCUGCACGGGGGCCAAGAGUGAGGAGGAGUCGCGACUGGCGGCUCGGAAGUACGCACGGGUGGUCCAAAAGCUGGGAUUCUCGGCUCGCUUUCUGGAGUUUAAGAUCCAGAACAUGGUGGCCAGCUGUGACGUCUGCUUCCCCAUCAGGCUGGAGGGGCUGGUUCUGACCCACCAGCAGUUCAGCAGUUACGAACCCGAGCUGUUUCCGGGCCUCAUCUAUCGGAUGGUGAAGCCUCGGAUCGUCCUGCUCAUCUUCGUCUCUGGGAAGGUGGUUCUGACCGGAGCGAAAGAGCGAGCAGAAAUCUACGAGGCCUUCGAGAACAUCUAUCCCAUCUUGAAGGGCUUCAGGAAACAGUGAGAGUCUCUCUAAUCGAAAGAAUUCAGAGUUUAUGUCAAACGCGUUUCCACCUUUACAGAAAAUAAAUGUGUUGUAACGGAA